ACUUACAGUUUAAAAUCCUAUCUGAUCGCCGGGAUAUUAAUGUAUAUCGAACGAAAAAAAAGCAAUGGAAUAAUAACUUAGAAUUAAGACUGUAUGUGAGUCAAUAAGAACAAUGAGAAGACUUUUAGGAAAGGUUUAGAGAUACUCAUGAAAAUUCAUGAAUUCAGUAAAACCUAGUACAGGAAAACCAAACAAGCAGCAAGCAAAGUAUUGCAUGACUAAACGCCUUUUGCUGCUGUAAUCAAAGUUAUGAACUGAAGGGCUUUGCAUGACGGAUGGUGCGAGCAAAUGUACCUGAAUGUCGCGAACUGAUAUUACGAUCUUUGAAUUCAGUGUAUACGUUCAUUGCCCUUAUUUCAUUCUAUUGGGGUCCCAAGCGGUAGAAAUACGUCAAUAUGGACCUAUUAGACAUAGUUGUAGUGGUUUAGGCUCCAGACAUCAAAUUGCACAUUUUUAUUUAUAUGAUGACAUUCAGUAUUUAGCACUAUCUAAUGUUUGUAUGUGUCCGUAUAAUGGAGCUAAUGUCAAGACAACUGACUGCAAAUACUUUCAAGGCAAUGUUAAGAAGGACAUGUAGUCGACUGUAACCUUUCCAAGGACUGACUCUUCGUUAUUUUAUGGAAAAUGGUGAAGGAAUUGGGGCCCAUUUGACAGGCAGUCAAUGUUCUAUUUUUUAAUCUGUUAUUAACAACAAAUGGUAAUUAGGCUGAAAGAGAUUCCAUUUUCCGACUAUAUUUGCGUCCCAAAAUGAAUUUUAAAAUUACUCGUAUUAUAAGGCUUCGGUCUGAUAACCGAUUGUCCGUCUGUUCAGCAAUAAAUAGCGUGUUUCUUUAUCUUGAAGGUUUCCACGCCGAAAGUGCGGCAUGGUUACAACGCGCGGUUCCCACGGUGCUGCGCGCGGCACUGCGCCUCCUUCUCCUCGCCCUGCGCUCCUCUCAGCCCGCACAGGCUUUGUUAUCUGAAGCACCAUUGCCUGUCACUUGAAACAACUGGAAUGUCCGCUCAAAAUAUUCAACAAAUCGUUUGAGCAGCUAAGAACUGCAGAUUAUAUGCAACUCGAGCCAACUACGUCGUAUUGGAACGCAUCUUAUAGGGCAGAGAGCCGCGCGGACUGUACGGAGGGCACGCGACGGAGUUCUAUAGUUCAUCGCCGAGACCCGUCCAGGAGAGAUAGGCAGUCACCAUUUGUCACAGACCGCGGCAGCUCCUGGGGAUUUACGGAGGGAAAGUCGGGAGGUAAAUAUCAAGAAGAAUCCUGACUUGUUAAUCCACGGGUUGCGGACAUACUGCCUUUGAGAUAUAUACAUAUAUUUUUAACGCUCGCCAUUUUAGCAUACUCUUUUUUUGCCGAAAGCUAGAUGUUUCCAGAUUAUCGUUUGCAAUAACCUCAGUGCUGCUAACAGGACGAAAGGAGGCGUAAAGGGGAAAGUACAUCAUACGUUUUGUUUGGAAGGUCUAACAAAGACAUCUGGUAGGCGUUUUGGAUUUCUGUGACACUGACCACUUUUUUUACACACUGAGUGUGUUCGAUCAUCCCUGUCCUUUUUUUGGAUACCCACUUUGUGUCAUUUCUCAUUCCCUCAAACCUGAAAGUCCAAAUUGCGCUGCCCUGGUCCCUUAGACCUUUCCAGCGGCCACAUCUUAACGAAAGAAAGAUCCCAAGGCGAUCAGCGCGCCGGAAAGCAGGAUUCCCCUUAUUAUUAUUAUUAUCAUUAUUAACUUUAGUGUCUAGUUGUAAGAAUAAAGCAUGAGCCAGGCGGAGAUCUCGACGUGCUCGGCGCCGCAGAGGGUUUUCCAGGAGGCGGUGAAGAAGGGCAACACGAAGGAGCUGCACUCGCUCCUGCAGAACAUGACAAACUGCGAGUUCAACGUGAACUCCUUCGGCCCCGAGGGGCAGACGGCCCUGCACCAGUCCGUCAUCGACGGCAACCUGGAACUGGUCAAGCUGCUGGUUAAAUUCGGGGCCGACAUCCGUCUGGCCAACAGAGAAGGCUGGAGCGCUUUACAUAUCGCCGCUUUCGGGGGACACCAAGACAUAGUGCUAUACCUCAUCACCAAGGCCAAGUAUGCCUCCGGCGCACGGUGAUCUCAAUGUGCCCCCCCCCCCCCCCAGGUAAAACACUGAGAACCCGGCUCUUGUAAAACUGCCUUUCAAAUUACCCAGUUAUGUCAAAAAAUCCGGCCCUGAUUCGUUAUAUUUAAGACGAGGUUUUGCUCUGCCUGGCUCAUUAAAUGGAACACUAUACUAUCUGUAUGCAUCUUACCAUAAGUAUUGGAAAAAUAUCCGUCUCCUUUGCUGGUACUUUAAUUGUUUAUUUGAAUGUGUAACUAAUCUGAUAGCGAAACUUGGCCGGGAAGGAAGAUCGUCUUUCGUUACCGGUGCCGUUUUUUCGGUCGCUGUUGAAAUCAGGCGCCUCUUUAUUGGGCUCCGAAUGAAGUGUUAAACCCGCUUGGCCCUUUAUAAAUUAUUAUGAUUUGUUAAAAAAUAGAAAAGAUGGCACUUGAUGCUAUGGCUGCAUGCUGGAAUAUAUGAAAGGGGAGAGGUGAACACGGUAAUGAAGUCCAUCUUCUGGCUAUAUGCUGAUUAUUAUUAUUUUUUUAAACCCAUUGGGUAUGUUUCGAUUAACAGUUUCUUGGUUUUAAAAAGCGGCAUUAUGAAAUUACUUUUGCAUUGUAAAGGGGUUCAUAAUAAUCAUAAUAACACAUGCCUAAAGAUUCCUAAGUACUGUAUAAAAUAGCUUUACCUUUUUCUUUAAAGUAGCUGAAUGCGCUCUGCCUUCGCCAAGCAGACAUCUAGCAGCACCUUCAGGUCGGAAAGACCAGAGUUAAAGGUUAAUGUUACUAAAUCGCUGCUUUCGCUUUGUAUCAAAACGUCAGGAGAAUCGCAUUUGGUUGAUGUUUUUAAAAAUUCACUUUUCAGUAUUUCUUAAAACUGCCCUGCUCGUCACUGUGAAUGCAGACUGGGUUUUAUUUAUGAAGGUACAAUGAGAAAAUACGUUUGAAUGAUGUGGUGUUUCUGAUCAAUCGGUCUCAAACGUUAAUGGUGACUUUCCAAGCUGCUUCGUAAUCUGAUAUUCUGUCCCCUAUGGAGAUCCGACAUCACCAGUCUGAUUCUUAACCCGAUCCUUAUCUAAAGUCAUGAUUUCUUUGUAUUUGCCAGCUACCUCGGAUGUAGAAUUCAACGGAGAAAUGGCAUAGAUUUGGUCUGUAUUCCCAAGGAGAGAAAACUCAAGUCUGGUUACAUCGAUAAAUUUAUCUGAAUUGUGUUCGCUCAGCCGAUUUAACCUAAAUGCAAAUUAAUAACCGAUCGCCCACGCACUCUAAACAUUACAGUAAACGCUUGGUCUUCAACCAGACCCGUCAUUUCCCCUCUGCAAGUUUUUUAUUAAUCGGUCAAACUUUUUUUCAGGAUUUGGUCAUUUGAUCGCAAAUGCUUAUUUGAAGCUAAACAUAUGUGUUACCUUUCAGCUUUCGUUUUUCGCGUUAAAUGCUGAUUUAGCUACAUAAAAGAAAAGGAAAAAUAUUAACGCAUGACUUAAAAAUGCAGGGAGUUUUGUUGCACAAAAAGCGGAGCCUUUCACGCCCCUUUAAGGCCUGUUCGGGUAACUGCAGACGGGGCAAACGAAUAGUUACUACUGAGCAGGACUAUGACCAUAUGAACAUUGAUAUGCUAAUGGUUAUCUCAUCAUCACUGUGUAAUUACGAUGAUUAUUACUACUACAUGACUACAGCAGGAAAAUCGAGAGAUGUCAAUACAGACUGCCUGUUUCAUUUUAAGGUCAUGGCACCCUGUUUGUUUUAAUGCUGCUUAUAAUGUUUUUUUUUAUUUUUGUUUAUUUUGUUUUGAAUUAAAUGCCAACAGUAAGAGACUUUGGGGGGAAAUCUGAUCACAUCACUGUCAUUUAAAAAAAAGCCCAGUAUGUGCAGAUUUGUGUGCUUGUGUGCGUGUGGAGUUUUUGUUUUGCAUGCGUUUGCUGUUGUGUCAUAUUUAGGCGUCAGCCUCGUUCCCUCUGUCGUCUUCUGCGUCUGGGUAUCGCAGAGUGUGACCCCAGGGACUGUGGACUGUACAUGAACCUGGAAAAACUAAAGGGAAAACGAAAUUGAGAACCCAAUUAAUAUAAAGAGAAAAAAAAUAUGCAUCGCUUGACUUAAACUUGAUCGUUUUAUUAUUUUUUUUAAAUAUUGCACUGAUAACUGUUGUUAAUUGUUGGUUUUAUGCCAACAUUUUUAUUUUUUCUAAAGAGAAAAAAGGAACACGACAUAAUACUAUUGUAUGAAACUCCAGGUAAUUUUGUCUUUUUUUGUGCAUCACUUUGUGAAACGUAAUGUUUGCAAAGCCAGUUGUUUCCGUGACUGGGUGUGUGAGUGUGUGUGUAUAUAAAAGCUGAAAUAAACCGUGGAGCACUUUCUUUUCUGAAGUGCUGUCCUCCUGUUGUUAUGAAAGGGGAACAAUACCUUUGAUGGUAAGAUCAUUGUAACAAUUGCACGAUGCGUAGUUGUUUUACUCGUCAGUGUCAUAACAUUUAUGACACAAGUGUAAAAUAGCUAGAUAGGUUUAAAUGAAUGAGAAGUGCUGAAAUUGUUUUAGGACCAAGUUCUGUUUGUUUUGCUUUGUUUGCAAACAAAAGAUUGUGUCUCAUAAGUGAGGUGGAUGUUCCAUUGUGUCAAUAAUGAGUUUUUUUUUUUUAUUAUUAUUUUUGAAUGUUGUAACACUGUGAUCUUGUGUGGAGAGGAAUCGCGUGCUGUAAUUUUGUACGUUUGUGUACAAGCCAGUAAAGAAAAUCAUUAAACUUUC